AUGGACGCGGAGGGCCACCCCUCGCCGGCCUCCGGCUCCGCGGCGGUCAUCGAGGGGCUCGCGCUCCACGGGAUCUCGCCGCGGCUACAGCCGCAGCACUACGACACCGGCACACCGCUCGGCUCACCCACCAAGCUCAACCUCUCCAUGAUGGGACAGUACCGCCACCACAACCACCACUACCCGCCGCCGCCACAGGUGGGCGGCGCCGGCCUGCCCACCCUGGAGAACCUGAUGCCCAUGGCCUCCCUGGACCAGUUCCUCGCCGACCGGGGCUACGCCAAGCUUGGUGGCAAUGUUGUCGAUGAUGACCAAUUGUUGAUGCAGAUGGACAUCGGGCAGAGCCACGAGAUUUUUGGAUAA